AGCCCCCUCGCCAGCAGCGUCGCUCUGACAGUGAGCCGAACAAUGUGGGGGGGGGGGGGAGGUGGGCGGCCCCUUCAUGCAGCCCCUUCAUGCAGCCCCUUCAUGCAGCCCCUUCAUGCAGCCCCUUCACGGCCCCUUCAUGCAGCCCCUUCACGGCCCCUUCAUGCAGCCCCUUCAUGCAGCACCUUCAUGCAGCCCCUUCAUGCAGCCCCUUCAUGCAGCACCUUCAUGCAGCCCCUUCAUGCAGCACCUUCAUGCAGCCCCUUCAUGCAGCCCCUUCAUGCAGCACCUUCAUGCAGCCCCUUCACGGCCCCUUCAUGCAGCCCCUUCACGGCCCCUUCAUGCAGCCCCUUCAUGCAG